AUGACACAGAAAUUUGCUUUGAAAUUGAGAACGUAUGUAUGCAAGGCUUCAUGUGAAAUUGUAACUUUACUACAGUUAUUGAGGAAUGAAUCUGUCACUGUUAUUCCCGAAAGAGUUGUAUUGAACAUGGUUCUUUGGCUGUAUUUCAACCAGACACUUUUUUCAGGGACAGUCGCUCAAAAUAUUGGGUACAGAGAUCUAAUGACUAAAGUGGACAUGCAGAGAGUUAAACGUGCAGCACAAACUGCAAAUGCUGAUGAAUUUAUUGAAUUACUACCAGAACAGUAUGAGACUAAUAUUGGACCCUGUGGCUCAAUUUUAAGUGGAGGCCAAAAGCAAAGACUAGCUAUUGCAAGGGCAGUCUAUCAGAAUCCAUCUAUUCUGAUAUUGGAUGAAGCAACCUCUUCAUUGGAUAGCAAAUCUGAGUUUUUGGUGAGACAAGCUGUACAACGCUUGAUGGAGAACCGUACUGUAAGUACAAUUAGC